AUGCUAGAAGUCCAUUGCUCAGGCACGCCCUAUGAGAUCGGCCAUCAACAUGGCACAGUUGCAAAAGACAGAGUUGUAGGGUCCAUCGCCUUUUACAAAGAUCUGUUCCAAGAAUCAUGCUCCAUGAACUGGGAAGCAGUACGUCAAGAGGCUCAACAAUACAUCCAACCUCUGCAGAAGCUAUCUCCACGCUAUGUCGAGGAGCUUCAAGGCUUAGCAGACGGCGCUGGCUUCGAGCUAGUUGAUAUCGUCGCUCUCAACGUUCGAACAGAGAUCACAUUCGGCUUAUAUACUCGAGUCCCGAGUGCACCUAUCCAGACCGAUGGCUGCACGAGUGCUGCAUAUCGUCAGCCUAACGGGGAGGUUCUCCUUGCGCAGAACUGGGACUGGCAGCCUGAACAGGCACCUAAUCUCUUCAUCUGUCAUAUCUCCCAGCCUGGAACAGAUAUACCCGAUAUCUCCAUGGUGACUGAAGGGGGUGUAAUUGGCAAGAUUGGCAUUAACUCCUCUGGUGUAGGAACCUGUUUAAACGCUAUCCGAGCUCGGGGCGUUGAUAACACCAAAAUUCCCAUCCAUCUCGCCCUACGAACAGCUUUGGAAUCGCAUUCGGCGCGCGAAGCAGCCGAUAAGCUGUAUGAAAUGGGCACGGCUGGAAGUGGUCAUAUUCUCGUGUCAGAUCCAUCUGAGGCUAUAGGCUUGGAAUGCACCAGCAUAGGGAUGAAAGAGAUCAACUUUGACGGCAACGGAACACUUAUUCAUACGAACCAUCUACUGCUUGACCAUCCCGGAGUAGAUGAACCCGGCUGGAUACCAGAUUCCACAGACCGUAUCAAGCGCAUCGCCCAGCUUCUUGAUGAGAGAUUGGCGACUUCAACCAUCGACCAUUCUUCAUUCUUUGACUUCUUCAGGGAUGAGCAAGGGUAUCCAACAGCAAUCAACCGCGAUCAAUUCUCACCCGGGAACGCUUCUUCGCUCAAAUCCGUCGCCAUGAAUAUCGCCUACAACUCCGCCUUGCGGCAAAGCAAGUCUCUCCGCGCAGAGCUCUCCAAUCUCAACAACAAACCUCAAGCAUCUCCCUCCGAAAUUGGCAACGUGUCCGCCUCAAUCGCUUCCUUCACCAAGACCCUCGAUGAAUACCAAUCCCUCGCCCGUCAGGAGAUUGUUCCCAAGAAACAAGAAGAAGGUUUUGAGCGAGUAAAGAGGUUCCGCGAAGAUCUCUCCGAUUUUCGAACGCAAGUCGACUCACUGAAGAAAGUUCGUGAUGAUGCUCAACACCAAGCAAAUCGCACAGAACUUCUUGGUCGAAGACCGUAUAAUGCUACACCCGAGAACCCUUAUGCGAACGCUACAACAACAAACACGCACUCUGCGUUCCAGCCUCGACACCCACCUCAAGCCAGCGCCUUGACAACAGGCUCACCAGAUGAGAUGCGCGAGGCACAUGCGUUUAGGGAGCAGAACUUUUUCGCAAACACAAACCAAGCGCUAGAUGACUACAUUGCGCGUGGACAGGCUGUACUGGGUGACCUGGGCCAGCAACGCGAGAUGCUCAAGAGUACCCAGAAGCGACUCUACAACGUCGCCAACACCCUUGGCGUAAGCGGUGAUACAAUCCGUAUGGUGGAGCGACGGGCAAAGGAGGACAAAUGGAUCUUCUUUGCGGGCGUGGUGAUAUUUUUCUUGUUCUGUUGGCUGGUGCUCCAUUUCUUGCGGUAG